AUGUCCCCAGUUGUUUUUGCUCAAGCGAUUGGUUCGCGUCCCAAAGAAACAGCGCUUUUCGUGUUAGCCAUGCUGCGCUUGAUUUGCAUCGUGGCUUCAGUUUCUAUCGCCGCAGCAGACUUUGUGCCUGCGGAUGAAGCAUGUGGCAAUGAUGAAGAGGACUGUGCCCUAUCUUUGCGCCAGUUGAGGGGUCACCAGGCCGAGGUGGAGGUGUCUGAGCACCGAGCUGCACCCUUGGCCGAGUCACCUCAGGUGAACGAGUUGGCGGAACCCAUCGAGGUCACGCCCGGCACGGCGCCGGAGGAGGCUGAGGAGGAUGAUUAUGACGAAGACCUUGAAGAGGAGAUCAAGAUUAAUGAGACCGCCCGGCAGAACAAGCGAGAGGCAGAGGAGGGCGGAACUUGCUGCUUCAGCGGAGAGAACAGCAAGGACACCUGUGGCACCUGCUACCCCAUGUCCAUUGCAUCCUACAAGAGCAAAUGCUCCAAGAAGAACAACUGCAUGGGCUGUGGUGGCACCUGGUGUCAGAGCACUUGCGUCAUCGGCGCGGCGGACCCCUUGCGCAAGUGCCAGACGGCCUACCCCACGGGCGUGUCCAAAGACCCCGCAGCUGCCAAAUUCCCACCUCAUUGGAAUUUCGAGGAUUUGUUACACCUUGUCUGA